CGGCUUUGACGCUGCGUAGAGCUCGUUGUGAGAGCUUUGGAGCUUAGCACCUGCCGUUCGCGAUACGUUGGCACCUCGAAAAAGCCGCUGCUGCAAUCGCGUCACGUCUGGUGACGCUACGCCGCGCUACCACUGAGCAGUCAUACAAGCCGCGCCAAGAGACCUCGCAAAGAUGUCGCUGGUGAGGACGUCCGGCCACCAGCUGGCGCACGGCGCUUACACAGAAAAACAGCAAGCCACAAGCAACGUGCUCAAACAUUCGAACAUCGACGCCGUAGAGAUCGCGCCGCUCAUGAACGACUGGCUCCAGCACGCGUUGGCGGGCGCGUACGGCGCUUCGGCACGCCACCGCUUCAUGAUCGGGGCGAUGGCCGGCUCACGCGCCGCGGCUUUCGCGUCCGGAAUGGCGAUAGUCCACGCGCGCCGCGGCUUCCUGACGGACGCGUAUGUGUGCGACGAAGCGCGGGCCGCGGUGGACGCCUACGAACGAGUGCUGGCCGUCGCGCCGCCGCUGGAGGCCUUGAUUGUGUGGUCCUUCGCGGACCUGCCGCCCGCCCUGGCCGCGCGGCGCACCUACUUCCUCUCGGGCUUGGAGUGGCUGGCGCGCUGCGGCUUCGCGCUCCUCAACCGCCUCAUUCGGCAGCGGCGCCUCAUUAUGGACCGGGCGACGUUCAUGCGGCUCAUCGCCUUCCUCAAUGCGGACAUCUGCCAGUCGCGGCGCAACAUCAUCCCCGGGUGGUGCCCCGAAGACGACACGCGCGUGCGGCUCGUCGUCGUCAGCUGCGUGAACGUCGUCGACUUCGCGCGCGGCCACCCGAAGCACCAGCUCGAGCUCGCGCCGCUCCUCACCGCCUGCUUCGUCGAGACGUCGAAGAAGGAGAUGGUCUCGACGGCGUCGGACCGCUUCUACAAGUACCCGAUCCACCAGCACUUCCUCUACUGCCUCUUGACGCACAUCGGCUGCUGCGUGCCGGACGCCGAGCUCCCCCAGGUGCGCCUCCAGUUCGGGGAGGCGUGCCGGUCGAUUCGCCCGAUGCAUCAUAACUGGGGCUUCGAGACCGCCGAGGCGGGCGGCUCCGCCGGCUCGUGGUACGGCAUCCACAGCAGCGUGGUCGCGCCCCCGGACGACAUCGCCCGCGCGCUCCGGACGCACGGUCCGAACCACCUCCUCGACCUCACCGACAAGGCCACCGUCAAGCUCGUCCUCGCCGCCCACCAGCGCGGGACGCCGUGCGGCGCGACGCAGAUCGCGCGGCUCCUGCGGAGCCGCGACGACUACGAGACGCCCGCCGUCCCUCGGGUGUAGAUUGUUAAGCAG